AUGCCCGCAAACGUGUGGUGUGCGCUCAGAAUAAGGAACAUCGAGCUAUCACCUUAUUUCUGCUCAGUUUCGAGUGAUAAGGAAGUUGAUGGGGAUCCUACCACGGAGCGCUACAUACAGGCGGUCGAAGCUACUGAGGGGCCGUUCAUCCGAUGCCAUUUUAACACAAUUUUACCGGACGGCACGGAUAUUCGCGACAAGUUUUCUGUAUAUGAUGGGCCGGCCCGUAUUGUCGAUGUGUUUCCGAGGAGGCGCACCUUCCCUUUCCAAUUCAGUCGCCCUGCGCAGUCGGAUCCUGAUGCGGAAGCACAGGCAGAUGCCAGCAGGCAUGACAACAGCCCUUCGCGCAAACGUGAAAGAAAGUCGUAUCCUGACGACUCCCACUCUAGACCUGCGAAGAAGUCCAAGUGUCAGUGUAAAGUCCAUGGUUAG